UUGAAGUUAAGUUUCGAUGUUAUGAAGUCGUAAUUUGUCGUCUGCUGAUAUUUUAUAUUUAAAAUAAAUUUAAAAUUAUAUUCUUAAUUUGAAAAGAUGGGAUCGAGUGCAAUUACUGCAAUUUCUAUUGGUUUAUGUUUGGUGCUAGUUUCUGUAUAUUUUGCAUCGGAUUCUUACCGUAUUUUCCAAAAUAUACUUGUUACUACUGGACUAAAUGAAAAUUCUUAUGUGAAAAGGGCUUUGAACUUCCUUGAACUAAAUGAGGAAAAUCAGGAUUCACUUAAAUCAAAAAGUCAUGUAAAGGAAGAUGCUAAAAGUUCUCAAUUACUUCUUACACCGGAAGAAUUAAAAUUAUACAAUGGAGGACCGGACAGUAAAGGUUUAUAUUUAGCAAUAUUGGGUGAAGUUUUUGAUGUGCAAAAAGGGGCGCAGCAUUAUAAACCUGGAGGAGGAUAUGGUUUUUUCGCCGGUAAGGAUGCUUCCCGAGCUUAUAUUACUGGUGAUUUUUCUGAAGAAGGGUUAAUUGAUGAUGUUAGUGACCUGGAUUCAAAAUCUUUAGCUAGUUUAGAAGACUGGAUAUCAUUUUAUAAAGAAGAAUAUGAGCAUGCUGGAAAAUUAAUUGGCAGAUAUUAUAAUAAAAAUGGUGAACCAACUAAAGAAUUAUUAUCAAUAAAACAAAAGAUGAAUUCAGUGAAAGAGAAUAAAUAUACUGAAUCAAAAAAUAAAGAAGUUUUUCCUCCUUGUAAUUCUGAAUGGAGCAAAGAAAAAGGAAGCAGAGUUUGGUGUACUAAAAAAAGUGGAGGAAUAGAUCGUGAAUGGGUAGGAGUACCACGAGAACUUCAUACUCAAGGAAAAGAUCCUCGUUGUGUAUGUGUGAAGAAUUUUGGACCAUCUUCUUCUGAUCCCAAUGCACAACAGCAUAAAAAUAAUGGUGAUUUGGAUCAUCCUGAUUUAAAAGAGUAUCCUGGAUGCCCUUCAUCAUCUGAAACUUGUGCUGUUGCUCAUCCUUAAUUUGAUCCACUACAAUGAUUUGUUGUCAAAAGAAUUCCAGCCAAUCAAUUUAUAUACAUGAAUCUUAUUUUGUAUUUUGGUGUGAAUGCUUUUUUGAAUGUGUCAUGGAUUGUUGAUCAUUGUGCUAUGUAUUCAUAUGUCCAAGUCAGGAAGCACUGAGAAUGAUGCAAAUAUUUUGAUAUAUUUUUAUAUUUUAUAAUAUAAAUAUUUGAAUUAACUAGUUGUAUAUUUUAGGAAAAUUCUGUUUUGCUCUUUCUUUGAGUUUUUUUUUUGUUUUUUUAAAAACAAUUUUAUUGUUAGAAAUUGUACAUAAAAAUGUUAUUUUAAAAAUCCUUCAUCCCUCUAUUGCCAUUUACUCCUUUAUGAUUUUUGUACUUUUUAAAGAAAAAUUCUUUAGAUAAAGAUACU